AUGGGAAAUGAAAAAAGUGCCCUGAGUGGCCUGAAAAUAGAUGAAAAGGCUAUUGAAAUAACAGACUUCUGGCUGCACCAUAGUGCCAAUUUGAAUGGCGCGAAUUCUUCAACAAUAUCGGUAUUUAUCAGCGAACCAUCUUUGCAAUCAUGUCCUAACUUCGGCAGCAGCUACUACCUGGCCACUGAGGAAGUGAAGCCACUGGCCCAGGUGAUUGGUUCCCAGACUACGCUCCAGAUUUGCAUUGGACUCCACAGUAUUCUCCGAGCUUUGAUAUUUUUACACGAGAAAGCUCUUGCUUCUCACAACAACGUCUGCAGCAGUUCGAUCUACGUCACUCCAGAAGGCUCCUGGAAGCUCGGGGGUCUCGAGUUUCUUUGCAGGUUCACGGAUUUCAAUCAGGCGUACUUGAAGAAGAUUAAGAACUUCAGGUAUGAGAAGGCUAUUGCUCCUGAAGAAGAUGGAAAUUCUCUAGAAACUCAAUUGAAUCCUAUCGGGAUUGAUCAGUACGCUUUUGGAGUUCUCACCGAAGAAGUUUUGCGACUAAAAAAUUCUGACGACGUACCAGCUUUAGCAGAAUUUAAAGAAAUUUGUAAACGUAGUUUACAAAAUCCAGAUCCUUUAUUGAGGACUAAAUUGUCGACUUUAUUACCAAAAACGGAAGACAAUGAAGAAGACACGAGUCUUUUUACAGUUUCAACAUUUAAAAGCCACUUGGUACCAAAAUUGCUGCAGAUGUUUUGUGUCCGCGACACAUCAAUACGCCUGUUAUUAUUAUCGCAUUUAAAUUCCUUCAUCUACACUUUUCAAAUAGAUGAACUAAAAAACCAAAUUCUACCUGAGCUUCUGGUAGGAAUAAAAGACCACGACGAUCACUUGGUCAGCGUGACACUGCAAGCGCUGGCUGACUUGGUGCCAAUAUUAGGAGCUGCUGCAGUGAUAGGCGGCAAACGCGCCGAAGAAGAAACAACUUGGUCUGACUGGGAUGCUCAUGAAGUGACCAUUAUCAAGACAAUUGACAUUGAUGUUCCCUCUGAAGCCAUUCAAGAUGACGAAUUUCUGCCGGUGAAACCGGAAACCUCCGAAGCGACGGUCAAAAAAGACAGUCUGGCUUAUAGUAAGAAGACUAUUGUUUCUGAUAUUCGAGAAUUGGAUAUUAAACACUCCAAGACAAUGCAACAAGUUGCCGAAGAGGUGGAUUUUUUCACAGACAUGGAGCCGGUUAUUGAGAAGCCAAAAGUUGUUCACAUCGAGCAAGUCAAACCGGAAAAAAGCGUGUUUGAUGUCAAAAAUGGAAAUCAAGACAUUGAAGAUGAUGAUGGCUGGGUUGAAGAUUUUGACGAUUGGGGUGAUAAUGCUGCUGCGGUGAAAGAUUGA